AUGGCCAAAACGUAUCUGGAUGUCUAUCCAAGAGCUCGCCUCUUGGUUCUAGAUUCGGCGGAAUCCAUUGGAGGGACAUGGUCGGAAAAUCGACUCUACCCGGGCCUCCACUCCAACAACCUUGUAGGAUCUUAUGAGUUCUCGGACUUCCCUCUUGACCGAGCCGCGUUGGGAAUCAGCACUGGAGGUCACAUACCGGGUCCAAAGCUGCACCAAUACCUUCAGGCCUUUGCAGCUGAAUUUGAUUUGACCAGGCGCACGAAGCUGAAGUCGAAAGUUGAGGUUGUCGAGCGUCUGUCUCCGAAUAAAUGGAAAGUCAGUUAUAAAGGUCCAUCCAAUUCGACCGAGAGCGUGGAGACGAACAAGCUCGUCAUUGCAACUGGCCUUACGAACAAUCCAUUCCUGCCUCAAUUUCCCGGUCAAGAUGAGUUUGAGGCUCCCCUCUUCCAUGUGAGAGAUCUCAAGGACCGUGUGGAUGGACUGGUACAAUCCGCCACGAACGUCCUUCUGCUUGGAGGGUCCAAGUCUUCGUAUGAUGUGGCCUAUGCCUUUGCUUCAGAAGGGGUAACGGUUGACUGGAUUAUUCGCGAGUCCGGCCAUGGUGCCAACUGGAUGUCUCCAUCUCUUGUUACGCCUUUCAAAAAGAGACUCGAAGGUCUGGUCGGCGUCCGGUUCUUCACCUGGUUCAGCCCGUGCAUCUGGGGUGCCCAGGACGGCUUCGGGUGGGUUCGCAAGCUGCUACAUGGUACCUGGAUCGGAAGAUUCUUUGUGGACAGGUUCUGGGACAUUCUGACCGCUGAUCUUGAUGAGCGAACGGGAUACAACAAACACCCGGAAACCGCAAAGCUGAGGCCAAAACUUCCCACCUUCUGGCACGCCUCUUCAGUGUCCAUCUUGAACUAUCCCACUGACUUCUUCGAGUAUGUCCGUAACGGGACUAUCAAGGUUCAUAUUGCCGAUAUCGAUCAUCUCUCGAAACGAACAGCCCAUCUGAGCGAUGGCACAACAGUCACAGGGGACGCCUUGAUCUGUUCGACGGGCUGGCAUCACCGACCUUCUAUGAAAUUUCUUCCAGAAGGACUGGACGCAGAGCUGGGAAUUCCGCAUGAUUCUACCAAACCAGAAUCCGACCUCGUCAAUCGGGCAGACGAGGAGAUUCUUAGUCGCUUUCCCCGGCUGAAACACCAGCCAGACACAAACCAGAAUCUCAAGACUUUACAAGCGGCAACAGACGAAGGCGUCGUCAACCAGCGGCCUUUCCGGCUAUAUCGCUUCAUGGUGCCACCUGCAAACAUUGAUGAUUCCUCUAUCGCUUUCCUGGGUAUCAUUUUGACAAUCCAUACUGUCCCGGUCGCACAGGCCCAAGCCCUCUGGAUCACAGCAUACCUAAACAACCACCUCCCACCUCAGCAACACAGUCCCACGGAAAGAUUUGACCCGAAUGCCGUGGCCUACGAAACGAUCUUGCAGGCCCAGUUUGGCAGAUGGCGCUAUCCAGCCGCAUCCGGGAAACAGUUUCCGGACUUCGUGUUUGACGCGGUACCAUACAUCGAUAUGUUGUUGAGGGAUCUGGGGAUGAAUUUCAGAAGGAAGAACAGCUGGUGGGCUGAGAUCUGGCAUCCGUAUGGACCAGAGGACUACAGAGGCCUGGUAGAUGAAUGGCGGCUCAGAAUAAGUUGA